CUCUCUACUUCUAGGGACUCUAGUUCACGUAGGCGAACUGAGGUGAACUGCACGACGCAGAGUGUUCUUUGCGGAGUGUUCUCAAGUGUUCACUUAUUUAAGUGGCCCUUUUUCGGUUGCUUUCAUCGUGAAGUAGCACAUACGAGCAUUUUUUCAGAUAUAAAGUUUUAAUACUUUGCGAAGAUGGGAGACUCCGACGAUGAAUACGACAGAAAGAGGCGUGAUAAAUUUAGAGGUGAAAGGACAGAAUCGUACUCACGGGAUCGCAGGGAUGAUCGCAGACGUGAUGAUUGGGUGGAUAGAGAGUGGUCCAGCCGUCCCAGGCAACGUCCGGAUUAUCGGGAGUAUCGAGGCGGUGGAAGUGGAGGACGUGAUCGAUACAGUCCUUCGAGAUCCCAAGACAUGGCGCCACCCAUGAAAAGAAUGCGAUUUGAGUGGGACGACAGACCAAGAUACGGACACGAUUAUUACGGUGGAAGUGCCGGCGGCGGUGGUGGUAGUAGUGGUGGCGGCGGUGGUGGUGGCGGCGGCGGUGGCGGCGGCGGCGGCGGUGGUGGUGGUGCUGCUGGUAAUUCCUGGAGUCCAGAUAAUUAUACUUCCCCUCACCAUGGCAACCAUCACUAUGGCAAUCAUAAUAAUAGCAGCAGUCGAGAGGUUGCUGGCAAUUUCAGCAAUUCAAAUGUUGAAACUCAGCCACCUAUGAUGUCGUUCAAAGCAUUUCUUGGUACUCAAGAAGAUACUAUUACUGAUGAGGAGGCGAUUAAACGGUACAACGAGUACAAAUUGGAAUUCAGGAGACAGCAGCUCAAUGAGUUUUUUGUCGCCCAUAAAGACGAAGAAUGGUUUAAAAUAAAGUAUCAUCCUGAGGAAUCUGUGAAAAGGAAAGAAGAACAAGUGUCAGCGCUUAAGAAACGCGUGGACAUUUUUCUGGAGUUGUUACAAUUGGGAGAUAUAGACAAAGUGUCUGUUGAUGCUGAUCAAACGGAUUCAUUAUUGCAUCUUUUAGAUGCGGUGGUUAUUAAACUAGAGGGAGGAACAGAGGAAGACUUACAGAUUUUAAAUGUUAAACCAUUUAAACCUAUAAUAACUAAAGACGUUUUGAAAGAAAAAGAAGAACUAAAGAGAAAAACUUCUACAGAAAAGAAAUCUGAGAAUAGCGAGGAAAAUAAGGUUGACGACUCACAUCUUGAUGAGACAAAUUCUCAGAAUGAUCAGAAUGCUAAAAUGGAGGUUGAAAACACGGCAAAAGAUGAAAAUGCAGAAUCUGACUCGAACAAAAUCAAGGAACAUGAAGAUGUAGAGAAUAAAGAUGUAGAAGAACCUGCCGGUGACGAUAAACCUCAAAAAUCAGAGAAAUCAAGAAAGCGUAAACGUACCGACAGCAAUAGUAGCAGCAGCAGCAGUAGCAGUAGCAGUUCCUCUGGUAGUGACAGCAAUAAACUGGAUACACCGAAAGCGGAGCCUCCUGCCAACGAAAAGGUAGAGGUUAGUAAUGAAGGUGCUGAUGAAAAAGACACUAAAGUGGAAAAGCAAGAAAAUAAAACGGAAGUAGAGGCCAAAAGUAAUAAGAAGUCUACAAUUGAACCAGAAGCCGUAAUCGAUUUGGCUAGCGAAGAUAGAGAGAAAGAACCUAGGGCUUUGCAUAAAACUAGUAGUAUCUUUCUCCGUAACUUAGCUCCGACCAUUACUAAGGCAGAAGUCGAGGCGAUGUGCAAACGUUAUCCUGGAUUUUUACGUGUGGCUAUAGCGGAUCCACAACCGGAGAGACGAUGGUUCCGUCGUGGCUGGGUUUCGUUCGAGAGGCAAGUGAACAUCAAAGAAAUCUGUUGGAGUUUAAAUAAUAUCAGGUUACGUGAUUGUGAGCUUGGUGCAAUAGUAAACAGGGAUCUAUCACGACGUAUUCGACCAGUAAAUGGUUUAACGUCACACAAACAAAUAGUUCGUCAUGAUAUUAAACUUAGUGCCAAAAUUGUUCAUAAUUUGGAUAAUAAAGUAGGACUAUGGAGGGAAGAAAAGAAGGGUGAAAACACGAUGAAACAAGAAGAAGACAAAGAAAAUAAAACCACUCAAAGCAAUGAAGUUGAGCAAGCUGCUUUUGGAUUGUCAUCUAAAAAUCCAGUAUUGAAAAAUAUAACAGACUAUUUGAUAGAAGAAGCUUCAGCCGAAGAGGAAGAAUUGCUAGGUAUGUCAGGUGAGCAAGAGGAAGGUCAGUUGGGUGGUGACGGAGACAGUUCAAUUGAGAGAGAUCCAGUUCUAAUCAAGGUAUUAGACAGAUUAGUACUGUAUUUGCGGAUUGUUCAUUCCGUCGAUUAUUAUAAUCACUGCGAGUAUCCAAACGAGGAUGAGAUGCCAAAUAGAUGCGGAAUAAUGCAUGUGAGGGGAUGUCCACCCACUACUAAAGUCUCAAGCGCUGAAUUAACGGAAUACUGUCGCAACUUCGAAAGUAAAAUGUCCGCCUUUCUACAACCAGUUGCCACUCUAUCUGAUGAAGAUUUCGACAAACUAGGCGCGAAAAACGCCGAAGCUGAGGUCGAAAAAUUUGUUCAAGCUAACACUCAAGAAUUAUCGAAAGAUAAAUGGUUGUGCCCUCUUAGUGGGAAAAAAUUCAAAGGACCCGAUUUUAUUCGCAAACACAUUUUCAACAAGCACUCUGAGAAAGUUGCUGAAGUGAAAGCAGAAGCUGAGUACUUCAAUAAUUAUUUAAGAGACCCAAAAAGACCUCAACUUCCCGAACAUCCUGGUAACAAGGCUCCAUUGAGAGAGGGCUCACGUGACAAUUUUGCACCAUAUGGCUGCAAUUCGUACUCAGCGCAAACAUCCACAAAUAUUUCUAGAUUCGGAAGUUACAGUGGUGGAUUUGGCAGUAACAGGAGUAAUUAUGGCUCCGGUUAUGGUGGCGGAUUUGGAUUUAGUGCACCACGUUCUAAUCGUGGUGGAUUUAAUCGAGGACGUGGCGAUUUCCGACCAGUCAUACAUUAUCGAGACCUUGAUGCUCCGCGGGAACCGGAUGAAUUCCUAUAAGAUGAUUAAAAGAAAUGCUAUAUAAUUGAUAUAUAACCAAUAUGAAAAAAUAUAUAUGUAUAGACACCGCUUAGAACCACAACUGAAACAGCAACAUUUUUUUCUGUAAGUCAUUAUUCACAAGUGUGUAUAUUGCAUACCUGUGUAUAUAGAUCUAUAUCUAUAAUUAUUAAACAAUUUCCACAAUAAAAUUAGUACAGUGAGCAUAAGUAUUCAAUAUUUUCUAAAAAAGGAAAGAUAAAAAGAAGAAUAUGCUGCAUACAUUGUAUACAAAAGAACAAAGAAAAAGAAACAUUGAUCAAAUUAAAUGAAAGUAAAAAAUCCAAACCAAAUGGAUUAAACUAGCAUCAGAUUAUGUACGAUUCAUAAUUUGUGAUUCACGAUAUUCAUAGGAAGUUCUUCAGUAUUACAAAUAGGCAGACUUUUAAAUUAUCACUUGAGAAUUUUGAUUUCUUAUCUUAUAAUUUAUCACGGAAUACGAUUUCUCGAGAAAAUUAAGACACGCAUUGAGAAAAUAACUUCUUAACUAAAUUAACUGCAUUUAAUUUGGCAAUUUGAUUUUUUGUAAAUCAUUAUCUCUUACACAAAAAUUCUUUAAUAAUAUAAAACGGUAUGAACAUGAACUCAAAGAAUUGAUGAUUGAAGAAUAUUACAUCAAUGGAAAUAUAUUUUAUAAUAGAAAUGUUAUAAUAUCAUAUAUUCUUGUUUUUUAAAUGUUUCUAUUAAAAAAUAUUCAAUUUUUCUUGCUUCUUUCUCUGUAUAUUAUAAAAUAAUGUAAAGAGUAUUUCAAAAUUCAAAAUAUUAUAACAAAAUUCUCGAAAAAUGUACUAAUAAUUUGACUUAAUUUUUCGAGAAUAUUUUUGUUAUAAAAUUUUCGCGAAUUCAUGGAACAUCUUGUAUAUUACAUAUAUUUAAUAUAAACAUAACCAUUUAAUGUAAACACUUGAACUGAUGAAAUCAUUUCACUAAACGCAUUUAGUGAAAUUAACAAUUCUUUCUUUUUCUCCAUAUAAAUCAAUAAAAAUUUGUGCACAAAGUUACAUUAAACAAAUGGCAUGAAUCAUGGACAGUAAUGAUUCAGUCAAACAUUUCCACCUAUUUCUUACCUAUCACGAAUUAUGUGUAGUUUGACACGAUCUUAAUAAAAUACAUUGUGUAUUUUAUUAAGAAUAUGUAUUUUAUAUAUUACUUGAAUUUUACAAUGUUUUUCAAUAGUAAGUAGAUUUAGACAACAAAAUGUACGCUUUAUUAAGUCAGUUAGGUCGAUAACAAUAUAUCCCACAUAAAAUUGAUAGUUAUUCUUUCUUGUCAUAAAUAGGAGUAUAAAUUGAUUUACAUAAUUAUAAUAUUAUAGUUCUCGUUUAUAACGUAUGUGAAUAUGUUUUAGACAAUAAAAUAAUCACAAUGAUUGAU